GUUCUUGAGCCUCGACACCAAAAUGUACGCAACAAUUCUUGCUAGUAUAGGUUUUGCCGUGUCACUUUCUUACCUAAGCCUAAUAUUCCCGAGAUUGCUGCAAGAAUGGAAGAUCCAUGCGCAUCGCAAAGAGCUUCCGCCAGGUCCGAAGGUUAUCAAAUCUGGCCUUCAAAAGCCAUGGUUGUGGUUUCGGGAACUAAAUAAAGAGUAUGGCGAUGUUGUCUACCUCCAGAUGGGGCCAACGCCGACCAUUAUACUCGGUUCGGCUCAGGCGGCGUGGGAUCUCUUAGAGAAACGGGGAGCAAAGUAUUCUUCUCGCCCCCGCUUCAUUAUGGGUGGUGAACUUCUGUCAGGGGGGAUGCGAGGUCUUAUGGCACCAUAUGGAGCUUUCUGGCGGCGCUGGAGGAAGCUGUUACAUAGCGGAUUUAUGAAUCGUCAAAGUCUGACUUAUCGACCUAUCCAGAGCUUAGAGUCUAAAGUUCUUAUGCACGACUUGCUCCAAACCCCUAAGGCCUUCCGGAAGCAUCUCGAGCGUUAUGCUGCUUCGGUUAUUGUUACGGUCACAUAUGGACGAAGAGUCGAAAAUGUUGAUACCGAUAUCGUUGUACGGCGCAAUGGUGAGUCAAUGGACCGCCUAACACAAGUCAAUAUUCCCGGUAAAUAUAAGGUGGAGCGAUACCCAGUUCUUAAAUACAUACCUAGCAUAUUUGCACCAUGGAAGGCCCAGGUCCUUAAGCAACGGCAAAAAGACAUCCAACUAUACACGGAGCUUAUGGCCGAAGUUAAAGAUAGGAAUGAUAAAGGUACUUUGCCUACAUGUUUUGCUAAGCACCUGCUAGAGGAACAAGAGAACCUCGGAAUGUCGGAUCUGGAAAUUGCAUACACUGCAGGCUCUCCAUUUGGUGCAGGAGUAGAGACAUCUGCAGGUUCACUCGCCAGUUUUCUCCUCGCUUGUGUCAAGUUCGGUCCUCGGUUUAUCCCUCGAGCACAAGAGGAACUUGACAAAGUAGUAGGAAAUGACAGACUUCCCACAUUCGAAGACCUACCUCAGUUACCAUACGUGAGAGCAGUUGCCUCUGAGACGCUACGAUGGAGACCAGUAGCUGUGCUAGGAGGCACGCCACAUGCUAGUACCGCUGAUGAUGUGUAUAAGGGAAUGUUUAUACCUAAGGGAAGCACAAUCAUUGCACCCCUAUGGAGUAUUCACCUAAAUGAAUCCGAUUUCCCCGAGCCAAACGAAUUUCAACCCGAACGCUUUAUGGAGGAGCGUGAGUAUCCUGGCACAUUCGGUCAUAGUGCAUUCGGUUGGGGAAGAAGAAUCUGUCCUGGCAUGCACUUAGGUUCUGCGUCUGUGGAACUCAACAUCGCGCGAAUACUAUGGGCUUUUGAAGUCAGUCCCGCAAAAGAUGCAAACGGAGACGACAUCGAUGUGGACAUAUUCGCCUUCUCCGAUGGCUUCAACUCCAGUCCGCUUCCGUUCCCUUGUUCGAUACAACCACGAUCCCGCAACCAUGCGAAAGUAAUUGAGCAAGAGUUUCAAGGCGCUGCAGAGUCCCUGAAAACAUAUACUGCGGUUAACUGCAAGGUAUCUUGACGAGACGUGGGGCAUCCAUCUCUCGUCAUGCUUCGGGAGGAGCACAGAAGAUGGAAAUAUAAUUGGAUAUAAUUUUGAUGACUGGAGAGGCGUGAAUGGCAUUCCAAGCCCUAAGAUUGUGGGGUAAUUAGACCAAUCGAAUCUCAUGCUCAUACUUAGAUUUGACAGAGCACGAUGAGAUCGAAUGUUACACUCUCCUCCUUACCUCAUUAUCACUCCAUUCUUACGUAUGGCCUCAUAAAGAGCAGAGUAGCAAUAAUAUGAGAAAAUUGGGGUACAAUUGAUCGAUAUAUGUUCCGAUGAGAAUUGUAAUGCUCUAAUAAGUUGAUAUUCGGGGUACCGUGCCGCGAUGUAGAGAAUGCCGUGCUUAGCAAUAUCCAACAGACUCAGAUUCAAGUAUAUCCACCUUAUCUGGGCUCAUAUAGCAUGAGCAUAUAAAUAUGGGAUUUGGAUAUAAAAGAAUGAUGAGUGAGAUUAUACUCAUACCCACGACUACGACUACGGGUACUCGGCGAACAGGGA